AUGGAAGAUUUCUUAAGGUCAAAAGAAUAUUGGUCUGUCUUUGAGGAUGGAAUCCAAGAGCUAGAAGCUAGAACCAGUUUGACAGAUGCACAGAAGAUAGAGAUUGAUGCACAAAAUCUAAAAGAUCGGAAGGCCAAAAAUCAUUUGUUCCAAGCAAUUGAUCGUUCAAUCCUUCAAAUGUUACGAGGGGAAUUUGAGAAUUUGCACAUGAAGCCAGGAGAGACUAUUUCAGACUAUUUCUCCAAAACAAUGACAAUCGUCAAUAGGAUGCGUACUCAUGGAGAACAGCUUGGAGAUGUUGCUAUCAUUGAAAAAAGUUUACGAUCCUUGUUGCCGAAAUAUAAUUUUAUUGUCUGCUCAAUUGAGGAAUCAAAAGACUUCGAUGCUUUUUCCAUUGAUGAGUUAAAGAACUCAUUAAUGAUUCAUGAAUCAAAAUCUAUUUUACAGGAGAGUGAGAAGCAAGCACUGCAAGCACUAUCGACUCAAAAAUAUUCUGGGCAUGGUAACAACAAAUGGAAGGGAAGAAGCACCGAUGAGAGGAGAAAUGUUUGGGAUCAUCGCAUAUCUGAUAGGAAGCCAAAAGCUAUAGACAAAUCCCAGAUUAAAUGUUUUCGAUGUCACAAGCAUGGUUAUUACCGUACUGAAUACUAUACCAACAUGAAUGGAAACAGUGACGAAGGUCGAGGUUAA